CUUUGCGGCAUUUUCAGCUAGCACCAAGCAUAAAAUACGGCACCGCCGGCCGGCGUAACGACUACCAGCAUCAGCAAGAUGACUUUCGAACACUUCCCCGUUGAUCCGACCACGUUCAAGACGAUUCCUGAGGAGCAGUGUUACCUCAAGCCCAAAGCUCAGGGCAAAACGAUCAAGCGCAAGGGCCUUGUAGCUGGCGCCGUGGUCCUCUCAUUUGUGCUCGGCUCGAUCCUCGCGACCGCCAGCUCCGCGACCAGCAUUCAGCCGACGACGACCGUCACGACGUCUCUCGCGAGCGAGCCCGCGCCGGCCGCGGACAAGAAAGCCGCGAACGAGAAGCCGGCGCCGGCCGCGCCCGCAGCGAACCAGAAGGCCAAGCCGACCUGCGGCCACGACAAGAACUCGCCGUGCAGCGCCCAGGAUUUCAUCGACAUCCUGGACCAGGAGGGUUGGACGAAUCGCUCGCCUCUGACAGUGGAGCCGAACAAGAACGAGUGCGCCACCAACCCGUGGUCGAUUGGGUCUGACCUCGUCAAUGGCUUCAAAGAAGUUGACGGCAAGUACGAGUCAGUAGGUGAGGGUCUCCUGGACUUUCCUCCGGGCUCUUGCGGUUCGCGGCCCAGCUGGGACAGUCGCGUCUUCGGGCCGCACACGUGGAAGACCUUACACACAUUCGCGGUGAACUACCACUCGCCGCCGACCGAGGCCGCCGUCGACGCGUGCACCAACUUUAUCAACGCGCUCCCGUACCUGAUUCCCUGCUCGCACUGCGCCUGGGACCUCGGCCAGUCUGGUUCAGCGUCUCAAUGCGCGCGGUCGCGGCGAUGGCGUUCCGGCGGACGCGACUCCGUCGGAGACCCGCGCCGUCGGCGCGACUUUCUCUACGCACAGGUUCAUUCAAAUGAACAAGGACAAGAACGGGCUUUUUGAUGCUGAGUGCGGCGGUGCCACCGGGGUCCCCGGGUCCUUCGACGAGUCCCUGUGCCUCGCGCCCGAGGAGGCCUGCAAGUCGCAGCGCACCCUCGUCAGCUUCUUCGUCCGGGCCCACAACAACGUGAACCAGCACACGCAACCCUGCCGCCCGCGCUUCACCAUCAAGCAGGGCUACGACACGUAUCAGGAGGAGUACAUCUGCGCCCACAGCGUCGUCUGGGGCACGAAGCAGUUAUGCGGCGGCGGCUACUCCCCCGCGGUGGACUCCCCGCAAGGCGAGGUCGCCGGACCGAAGGGAACGGGGACGGCCAACGGCCAGGACUACUACGGCGUCGACGCCGACGAGGGCUGCAAGCCGGAAACCGCUCUUGCCUGUGGCACCGUCGAGUGCAAGGCCUGA